AUGAUGGAGUACUGGAGGCAAUGCGCGUCUUGGUUGAUCAACUGCAAGGUGCUUCCACCGACCCACCGGGUAACAUGGGAGUCUGCCCAGGUGUUCGAUCUAGCCCAAACACUCCGGGAUGGUGUUCUUCUGUGUCAGCUUCUCAACAAUCUGAGACCGCAGUCCAUCAACUUGAAGGAGAUCAACCUAAGGCCACAGAUGUCACAGUUCCUCUGCUUGAAGAACAUCCGGACAUUCCUCAGCGCCUGCUCCGAGAUCUUUGGCAUGAAGAAGAGCGACCUGUUCGAGGCCUUUGACCUGUUCGAUGUGAGGGAUUUUGGAAAGGUAAUGGACACAUUGUCCAAGCUGUCACACACAAGUAUUGCACAAAAAACAGCUAUAAGGCCUUUUCCAACAGAAGACAGUGUUGAGGACGAAGAGAUUUACAACCAUUUGGAGGACCUAAUAGAUGAGAAUGGCGUGGAGGAUGAGGAGGACCUGUAUGACUGCGUGUACGAUGACGGUGAGGGGGAGGAGGUGUACGAGGACUUGAUGAAGGCCGAGAGCGUGCCGCCACCGAAACAGGCUGAGACGGACAUCAGGAGCUGCUGUCUAACGGAGAUCAAACAGACGGAGGAGAAAUACACAGAGACGCUGGACUCAAUUGAGAAGUACUUUUUAAAGCCUCUUAAAACAUUUCUCACUGCUGUGGAAAUUGAGACAGUCUUUGUGAAUAUUCCGGAACUUGUUCAAGUUCACAAGAGACUUGUUGAAGAAGUGAAAGACUCUGUCACGCUCAAUGGCGCCAAGAACCUCUACCAGGUUUUCCUCAACUACAAGGAGAAGUUACUGAUUUAUGGGAAGUACUGUAGCCAUGUGGAGACAGCCAUAUCCGUGCUCGAUGACAUUUGCAAAGAGAAGGAGGAUGUUCGGUUGAAGCUUGAGGAGUGUUCAAAGAGAGCCAAUAAUGGGAAGUUUACGCUGAGGGACCUCCUGGUCGUGCCGAUGCAGAGAGUCCUGAAGUACCACCUUCUCCUUCAGGAAUUAGUGAAACACACUCAGGACAGCACUGACAAGAGCAAUUUACGGAAAGCCCUCGACGCCAUGAAGGACCUGGCACAGUAUGUCAAUGAGGUCAAAAGAGACAACGAAACACUGAGGGAAAUUGACCAGUAUCAGAAAUCCAUUGAAAACCUGAAUCAGCCUCUUCGUAACUACGGGCGGCCAAAAGGUGAUGGAGAAGUUCGAGUGUCCUCACUGGACAAACGUGCUAAACAGGACAGACACAUCUUCCUGUUUGACGCCGCCGUGAUCGUGUGCAAGCGUCGGGGCGACAACUACGAGAUGAAGGAGGUGAUCGACCUGUAUCUCUUCAAGAUCACCGACAACCCCACAGCAGACAAGGAGAACAGAAAGUGGUCCUAUGGAUUCUACCUCACACAUAACCUGGGCCAGAGUGCCUUCGAGUUUUUCUUCAAGACCAAAGAACUGAAGAAGAAGUGGCUGGAACAGUUUGGCAUGGCCCUGUCCAACAUCCGACCGGAAAACGCCAACAGGAGCCACAACUUCCACAUGCACACCUUCGACCGGAUCACCUCCUGCAGCUCCUGUGACAUGCUGCUGAGGGGCGUCUUUAAUCAGGGUUAUCAGUGCAGUAAGUGUGGGGCAGGAGCCCAUAAGGAGUGCCUGGGCCGUCUGGGCUUCUGUGGAAAAGCUCCGGGACGACCUGAUGAGCCAGUACCGCGGCCACGAUCAGACCCAGGUCUGCCUAAGAUGCAGGUGAUCCGUAACUACUACGGCGUGCCCAGCCCUCUGUGUGGCCCAGCGCUCAACAUCCAGAUCGGAGACGUCAUCGAGCUCCUCUGCGCCGACCUUCACAGCUCCUGGUGGCAGGGCAGAAUCCUGACGACGCGAGAGGUUGGCUUCUUUCCCAGCGAUGCAGUUAAGCCUUGCCCAUGUGUACCUAAACCUGUUGAUUACUCGAGUCAGCCUUGGUACGCUGGGCUGAUGGAGCGGCAACAGGCGGAGGCUGAGCUCAUGAACCGCGUCAACAGCACCUACCUGGUGCGCCACCGGAGCCGGGAGUGCUCGGAGUACGCCAUGAGCAUCAAGUACAACAACGACGUGAAGCACAUCAAGAUCCUGGCCAAGGAGGGAGGCUUCCACAUCGCCGAGAAUAAGAAGUUCAGGAGUAUAUUAGAGCUGAUCGAAUACUACAAACACCACUCCCUACGGGAAGGAUUCAAAAGCCUGGACACCACACUGCAGUACCCAUACAAAGAGCCCGAAAAUGCACUCAUGCAACGCGCCAACCGCGCUGGAAGCAACACCUCUCUCCUCUGUGGGCUCUCUCUUGUGAGCCCGGCCGGCUACAGCUUUGUCCCUCCCUCCACUGCCCCCUUCUGGUCAGUGUUCACGCCUAAAGUGAUCGGUGUGGCGAUAGCACGCUACGACUUCAGCUCCCGGGACACGCGAGAGCUCUCGCUGCAAGAGGGCGAUGUGGUCAAGAUCUACACCAAGUCGGGGGCCAACGGCUGGUGGAGGGGAGAGGUCAACGGCAGGGUGGGCUGGUUCCCCUCGACGUAUGUGGAGGAGGGAGAAGAGUGAGGAGCGCCGGACGCUGGCCGGAGAAAAAGAAGAAAGAGAAACACAUGGAAGAAACACAAGGAACAGGACCUGAGAGAGAGAGAGAGAGAGAGAGAGAGAGAGAGAGAGAGAGAGAGUGACCGGCGAAGGAGAACUGCACCACACUGGCAUUGAUGAACUGUAGCCAGAGGGCCUGACCUGUUUGUGGGUCAACGGGUGGAGUGGGGAUGGGGUUAGAGAGAGAGGGUGGGGGGCAUUUCUCCGAACAGUUUUACAUGGUGCACCCCUCCCCUGCUCUCCGCUCCUCUUCCACUCCUCCGCUCCGCUCCACCCUGCCCUGCCCUGCCUGGCCUUUAAGCCCCAGUGCUCCACAUCCUCCACCCUCUCCACCCCCUCCACCCCCCAGCAGCAGCAGCAGCGGUAGCAGCAGCGGUAGCAGCAGCGGUAGCAGCAGCGGUAGCGGCCCAGGCCCCAGCCUCUCAGCGGGCCGCCUGUCAUGCGGGGGCGUGUGGCGAGACGGAGAGAGCCGGAGGGCUGUGACGUCUGCUGACAGGUUAAUGGCCGUGUGACGCCCUCGCUGGGAGGCUCCGCCGGACACACGCUCUCUCCGUGGCGGACGCCGACACACACACAGAGAGACAUACACUGGCAUGGGCACAAAACACACACACAUACACAUACACACACACACACACACACACACACACACACACACACACACACACACACACACUCACACACACAGAGAGAGAGACAUACACUGGCAUGGGCACAAAACAAAACACACACACACAUGCACACACCUUCUCCAGAUGCCUGAGGUGGCCCCUCCUUCUCCAUAGUCUCUAUUUAAAUGCUAACGUUUCACUGAACUGAACAGAACUUAGCAGGCGGAGUAGAAAGAGAAAGAGAGAGAACGAGGUAUAGAGAGAGAGAGAGAGAGAGAGAGAGAGAGAGAGAGAGAGAGAGAGAGGGGUCCUGAGAGGCUGGGUGUUUUUAGCAGACUCACCGAUAACGUCAUCUUGUCCUGACCUUGCCUGAGUCCCCUCUUACCUGGCUUAUUAUUGAUGACUUUACCCACCUCCCUAGCUCUCGCACUGCUUGCUUCUCUGGAGGCAAAGGCAGGGGAGAAUCCCCCAUACACACACACACACACACACACACACACAGAACAGUCACCCCCACCACCUCCGCUCAGUACAGAUUAAGAUCACACUUUGCCGGAAGAGAAACACACAGGGGCACACACACACACAAACAAACAAUAAAUGCACUCAAGCCACAACCACACACACACUUCUCUCUCUCUCUCUCUCUCUCUCUCACACACACACACACACACACACACACACACACACACAAACACAUGCAGACAAUAAAUACUCUGCGCUCCUCUUUUCUCUUUUCUCUUUGUUCUCUUCCUUGCCAUUUUUCAUCACUUCAGACGGGGGGGAAAGGCUGCCUAUUAUACUCUGAGUCCUUUUGUUUGGGUUUUUUCCAGCCAACAUCACUCGUUUUCUGUGCACACUUAUCUCCCUCUCUCUCUCUCUCUCUCUCUCUCUCUCUCUCUCUCAUGGGAUGGCUGUCUCGCCAUCCUUAUCUGAUCUCCACUAUUAGCCCGUUGUCGAGGAACACGCAGUGGCAGGGUGGCAAAUGCGUGGCGCUCGGCUCCGAAUCAACAAAAGCCGGAGUGACCCAUGGGGUGCUAAUGGGGCACUGAAGUGUGCUGGUCGAUUUGCCUGCGUCGCCGCUUCAAUCUGCUGUAGCGGCUAAAGAGCGUGCGCGUUAAAAGAGUCGAGUCCGCAUGCACGGACGCGUCUGCUUCGGGCAGCCGCAGCGCUCACCUGUGAGCGUGGCCACGCAUGUAGAGUUACGGCUACAUGCAUGUAGAGUUACGGCCACACGCAUGUAGAGUUACGGCUACACGCAUGUAGAGUUACGGCUACACGCAUGUAGAGUUACGGCCACACUCAUGCGCCACGCAUGUAGAGUUACGGCUACACGCAUGUAGAGUUACGGCUACAAGCAUGUAGAGUUACGGCUACACUCAUGCGGCUGCAGUUAGCCACUCUGUCUCGUCCGAUCCUCCCCAGUGCAGACGCAGACGCAGGUGCAGGCCGUGUCCAGGGCCGUCCCCGUGUGAGUGCUGCUGCGCUGAUGGCUCUGCAGCGGCUGCUCUGACCUCCGUAGGGGGAUCCUAUUAGAUAUUACAGGCAGUGCCUUCUUAAUCCACUAAUGAGGGGGGAUUUACACACAUUUGAGGGAAUAAUUGCUCGACACGGAACAGUUUCAAAAACACAGUCAGCCAGAUAAUUCACUGUAAUUGCGGCAGAAAUGUUUUUUUUUUUUCUUCUUUUUCUUUCUUUCUUUCUUUUCUUUUUUUCAUUCUUUCAAACUCUGCAUGUAAUCAUUGUUGUUCUGAUAAAAAGAGACCAAAACCGGUGACGCAAGUCUGGAGAAGAUUAACUGUUUGUCGUGACAAGGCCACAUACAGUUAUCAUUUUUGUGUUUGUGUGUGGGCAUAUGCGCGUUUGUGUCUCUCUGUGUGUGUGUGUGUAUGUGUGGGCGUGUAUGUUGUUACUUGUCCCCUGUCUUUGACUGACAGGUCUUAUGAAAGCUGUCACUGGUGUGAAGCACUGGCUCACCGCGACUGCUCGGUUAAAUAAGCGCCCUGUGGCCUGCUCUCCGCCGCUACGCUUUGCCUUCUGGGUAGCCGCUGACUGACUCACCCAGUGUGCUUCCUGCUUCUGAUUGACAGCACCUCAGAUGCACCCCUCCAAAACACACACGCGCGCAAAGAAGAACAGAGAACAAAGCGAAAAACAAACAGCCCUCUUUUUUCAUUAGCUCACUUGAGUACAGACAGACUACAAGAUUUUGUCUGGGGCUUGUUGUUGCAACCCACUCCUGGUGUCAGAUCUCUCUCUCUCUCUAUUUCUCUCUCUCUAUCUCUCUCUCUCUCAUCUCUGGGGCAGUUAGAGGGUGGGGCAGGUGGCUGUGGCUGAGAUGGAGUCUCUGUGGGGUCAACUGAUGGCAACACUGAGAGAUAAAAGAAUAUGAGAGCAGGUAGUGCCGCACUGUUGGCGAGAGCGACAACACCAGCUGUGGUUCUCGUUGUUGCCUCUGUGGCAGCCUGUGAAUGCAGCCCAAGCCACCGAUCUCCAACGCAUCAUGUUUUGGUGUGCAUGUUGCUGUGUGUGUGUUCAUAUGUGUCUCUGUGUGUAUGUGAGUGUGUGUAACAGGAGUGUAAAACACACGCAUAAGCCACAUUCACUCCAUAUGAUAUGCAAACUCAUAGUCAUUCUCAGCUCAUAUCUCAUUUGAAAAGUGUAGCAGUAACACACAGAGAGAGACACAAACACUCCCACAGACACGCGCAUACACCCACACACAACACAGUGUAGCAUUCUUGUGGCAGACUAAUUGAGCAAAAUGUGUAGAAUGGGAUGGCAGUGAUGCAGUGCACCCAUGAUUCACCAAUGCACAUGUCAGCCCAGCUUCUCUGUAUCAAUUUACUUGUGUACACUCUAAAUCACACCUCGUGUUUCUCAGCUAGGAGAACCGUGUGUAUGUGUAUUUGUUUUCACUCAGACGUGCUGUGUGACCUGUUCACUCAUUUAAACAUGUUUACAGGGAAAUUCACUUGAUGGAUUUUUUGACGUUUUGAGAGAUCACUUUGAUUGAUUGAUUGUUUAUUGUAAAGAGUGUAAAGUUUAUUGUAGGCUUUGUUAUUCUGUGUUGAACGGAGCUAUUUUUGGUCACCUCAUUACAGCCUUUCUGUCGUGCUGGGAUGUUUUGCUUAGUAGAUGUAAUGUUUAUGCUCUGUUAAAUGGAGAAAUAUGGAUUAUAUGGAUAACAUAUAUGUGGAUAUAUGGAUUUAAAAGUUUUUUUUUAUAUAUAUAGAAUAUAUAAAGAAGACAAUAUUGAAAUAUUGAUAUUAUGAUGUUGGUGAAGAAUUUUACAGAUGGCAUUGUGCUGUUUUUGUACCCCCCCCCCCCCCCCCCCCCCCCUCAAUACUUUCAGUACCAAGUAGUAGCCACUAGGUGUCAGCCCUAUUGGAAGAUUGGUGUGCUAUUCUGUUUUUGGAGGAACAGUGACAAGUCUCUCUUUCACCCCAAUCCACAUCCUCUAGUACCCAGCAUCCCGCCCUGCUGAUGGGCAAAGACUGCGACUGCCUAAAUACCUUCAUUAGACUCCAACCUGUUCCUAUGCGGCGGCCUGUUGAGUUGCCUCGCCCAGAAAUAAUAAAAAGUUAUUUCGCUGUGGGAAGGUUUUGACAGUCCGAGCAUUCCCUGGCAGAUUACCUGGGGCUAGGGGAUCAUGUUCGGUAAGCCCUCACAAGGCAGAUCAAUGACCGUCCGUAUGGAUUUCCAAUAAUAAUUCCAGUUUUCCAGCCCCCAUUCUUUUUUUUGUGUCAAAUUCAUUUUUGUUAAUCGUGCAAGACUCUUCAUGUCCCUCUGUCUCCCUCUAUCCGCCUUGUUCUCCUGUGCCGUCUGUAAGCAGCUUGCACUGCUCCACAUUAAAUCUGUGGAGGAGGAAGAAGUGCGGAGGUUGUGGCCUGUGACUGUAGCCGCUGUCCCUCCGAUGACGCGUCGGGGAGGGAUCGGCAGUGGAAUUGGUUUUCUAAGCUUCUGCACCAGUAAUCUGUUCGCACUCCCCUUCCCUCUGAGAUGUACUCUGACAGUCUGACAGAAGGGGAUUUGCAGGAGUUUUCACCUAUGGUUUAUAUAUAUAUAUAUAUAUAUAUAUAUAUAUAUAUAUAUAUAUAUAUAUAUAUAUAUAUAUAUAUAUAUAGUAGAAUCAGAGACUGUGUCUUGCCACAGAAUGAUGAGAAAGCUCUAAUUACAGGCGAUCUCUUAACCCCUCCCCAAGAGAGUCCUGAGCACCCGACUCGCUCUCUCUCUCUCUCUCUCUCUCUCUCUCUCUCUCUCUCUCUUCCUCCCUCCUUCCUCAUGCUCCCCUGGUACCUCCACCUUUUCCUUAUUCCUGUCUUCCCUCUCUUUUGCUGUCGUCGAACUCUUCUCUCUUUUUUUCCCCGACGCCUUUUCAUCUCAUUGUUGCCGUGACAAAGCUUAGCAGAGGUAACUACCCAGAAUUCCCUUGCCACCAAGCAUCAGACACACCCAGGAGUCUCCAGUGACGCCAUAUUUUCCCCUAUCACUUUCCAAUAGCUCCUCAGAUCUACUGCAACCGCAGAAGUAAAGCCAUAUUUAUAUGUGUGUGUGUGUGUGUGUAUGUGUGUCUGUGUUCUUAAGGAAAAGCAACAGUUUGAAGAAAAGAAAAGACUGAUGUAUCACAUUAUGAUCUGUUGUCCAUUGAAGCCAAAGACGUACAUCUACUUGAGUCUAAACACCAUGGUAACCUGCCACUGUGGCCUAAGGAAUAGCCGUGCAAUCUUAAAUAUUAUACAGCUCUGCAAUAUUACUGUAUAAUUCUGUACAUAUGUGAAUAUCACACAAUAAAGAAUAUGUAUAUUGCUUCUUUUUAAGAAA